AUGGCUUUUCAUAUUCGAGCAUUUCGAGCUUCUCUGGUUGUCUCAGCCUCUCUCUCUCUCCUCUCCUCCCCGUUGCCCAUGAUUCCAAACAAUCCUCACCGGGCCUUCAAUCUCAACCGUGGUAUCAUCCUCCGCCCCCUUUUCCCUGACCAGUUCGUCUUGAUUUGUCUUCCCCUCGUUCCGCCAAACACCGUCUUCGAUAUUGCUAGCGUCGUCCCCUCUCCUGUCUCGCUUUUGAUGUCUUAUCCACAGAUUAGGAAACAGAUCGCAAUGGUCCGUUUUCGUGAGGAGCGUCGCCAACUAGGAAAAUUUAAGGGCCCGAGCCAAGGAAAUAGUAGGAACAAGAUGAAAUAG